GCCUCCUCGACCCCGUCGCGAGCUGUCGGAGCAGCCAGCCCCGGAGCCCUCCCCGAGCGCCGCGCCGCCGCAGCAUGGAGCACUCACAGCCCAACAGCGUGCCCCAGGAUUUGUCAGAGGCCCUGAAGGAGGCCACCAAGGAGGUGCACGUCCAGGCUGAGAAUGCCGAGUUCAUGAAGAACUUUCAGAAGGGCGAGGUCACCCGAGAAGGCUUUAAGCUGGUGAUGGCGUCCUUGUACCACAUCUACGAUGCCCUGGAGGAGGAGAUUGAGCACAACAAGGAGAACCCGGUCUACACACCCCUCUACUUCCCGGAAGAGCUGCACCGCCGGGCCGCCCUGGAGCAGGACAUGGCCUUCUGGUAUGGGCCCCGCUGGCAGGAGGCCAUCCCCUACACGCAGGCCACCAAGCGCUACGUGCGGCGACUGCAGCAGGUGGGGCGCUUCGAGCCCGAGCUGCUGGUGGCCCACGCCUACACCCGCUACAUUGACCUGUCUGGGGGCCAGGUCCUCAAGAAGAUCGCUCAGAAGGCCCUGGACCUGCCCAGCUCCGGGGAGGGCCUGGCCUUCUUCACUUUCCCCAAUGUCGCCAACGCCACCAAGUUCAAGCAGCUGUACCGCUCCCGAAUGAACACUCUGGAGAUGACCCCCGAGGUCAAGCAGAGGGUCCUCGAAGAAGCCAAGACCGCCUUCCUGCUCAACAUUCAGCUGUUUGAGGAGGUGCAGGAGCUGCUGACCCAGGACACUAAGGACCAGAGACCCUCGCAGGCAUCCGACGUCCGCAAGAGGGCCGGCAGCCGGGUGCAAGACUCCACUCCCGUGACAACCCCCAGGGGGAAGCCGCAGCUCAGCGUCCUCUCCCAGGUGCCGCUCGUCCGAUGGGUCCUGACACUCAGCUUUCUGGUGGCAACGGUCGCCAUGGGGCUUUAUGCCAUGUGAAUGCAACCCUGUGAAUGCAACCGUGCUGGCUCCUGGGGGCCGUGAACUCUGCCUGGAGAGGGAUGGUCUCUUGACUGGCUUCCUUGUUGGGCAUUUGGGGGUCGGGGGAGGCUCUGAGGGCCCCUGCCCUCUCCCUGCGUCUCUCCCUCUUGCUGGAAAAAAGGAGUCUGUGGCAUCUUUCCCAACCAAGAGCACGUGCAGCCAGUGCCCUGAACUUCAGAGAGGGACAAGGGGUCCAGCAUGGCCCCCUCGCACCCUCCCCGUCCCGUUCCUGCAGCAGAGCCCAGAGGAUGGAGCCAGCCAGAAGCCACAGCUGUUUCUGAGCCUCCAAACACCGCGGGUCCGCGGUCUCCCUUUUGACGUGCCUUGACUGCCUUCCUGUGGGCCGUGGCAAUUUUUAUAGAACUGUGCAAAGAUGUUGUGUCUCGUGUUUCCGUCUUGUUUUUGUUGGAGCCACUCUUCGUUCCCGGCUCAGCCUGAACUGUGGUAUUUUGUUGUGUUCUGUUUUUAUAGCAAGGUGGGGUGAGGGGUGGGGAGGGAGCUGUUUUAACAGCACUGUGGCCUUGGUCACUAACUUUUAUGUGAAGUAAUAAAGUACAUGGCCUGAUAGU